AUGGGCGGCCUUGAUCGUGGAGUUUGUUAUGGCUGGUCCUUGAGAGGUGGCGGGAGCCCCAAGUGGUGGUGGCUGGAGAGGCGCGUGGACCGCGGAGGAGACAGUUCCAAGCGGUUCAACCUGGACGUGGAGAUGAUGCUUGGGCGACGAGCCCCUACAGUGCUGAGCUUCAUGUUAUCCUACAUCACCCCUGUCAUCAUGUUUGCGGCACUGAACCUAUCUCUCUUCAUGUACGACCCGCCCAGCUACGGGACAUACAUAUAUCCAGUCCACGCCAAGGUGAUAGGAAUUCUUAUGGCAGUUCUCAUGACUGCACCGAUACCAAUCACACUUAUCUACCAAGUCGCACAGAGGAAAGGGACCAUCAUGGAGUCCUGCGAGAGGCAUCCCAAAACAUCAAUGAACCCCGCCAAACAGUACUUUGCUCAGAUAUUCCGCUGA